UCAUAUGUGAACACCAUCCAUAUGUUGUGCCAAAUCAGUUGACAAAUCCUUCUAUAAAUGCACAUAUGAAUACUGUAUAUCCAAUCAUACUUUCCAAAAACACAAACUUCACUUUCUUUUAAUCUAAACUCCGGCAGCCAUGGCAUCUAAUGACACCACAAUUCAUCCACAUGCCGCAGCUAGUAUGGAGGUGCCGCUGAAAACAGCAGCAACACCACCACCGGAGUACAACCGUAGUAGAGGUUCUGCAAGUUUCAAGAAGCACGCGUUGCUUGAUGUGUUGUUGAGGGUUUUGCUGUUUGCAACUGCCUUGAUUGGUAUCAUCGUGAUGGUCACUUCUGAAGAAACCAAACAGAUUCCGGUCGCACCGGGCCUUGCUGUAACCAGGACUGCAAAAUUCAGUAACUCACCAGCUUACAUAUACUUUGUAGCAGCACUCUCGGUGGCUGGUUUGUACAGCAUCAUAACUGGUCUGGUAUCAGUUUUGUCACUCAUGAAGCCAGGAGGGAUCUCCACGAAGCUACAGUUGCAUUUUGUGAUGCUCGAUGCGUUGCUUUUGGGAAUCGUGGCUGCAGCAACAGGAUCAUCAGGAGGAGUUGGAUAUAUAGGACUAAAAGGAAACUCUCAUAGCAGAUGGAACAAGAUAUGUCAUACAUAUGGUUCCUAUUGUUUCCACUUUGCGGCCUCUAUUCUUCUGUCACUCAUAUCCUCCAUAACUCUUCUACUCCUGGUUUGGCUCUCGAUUUACGUGCUUUCCAAGAAGAUCGCAAGAAGAUAGUAGAUGGCUCUCGAUACUGAAACUAUUCAUUUCCCAUGUUAUUCGUUUUUUGUCGUGUAAGCUUUUUAUGUACAUGUUUUACUUUGUGCCAGUUUUGUGUCUAUGAAGGUUUAUAAUGGAUAACGAUUGUACUUCA